GUUUUAACUUGCCAGACGUUCUGUUGUUUUUGAUCCAGUGAUUAUUUACCUAUCUGCUUGAGCCAGCUGAUCUUGGGUGUAUUGGAUUUUACCUCCGUUUAUUGUCCCUCAGGAAGUACGCAAGAUCUUCAGCAGGUGAAAAUAUAAAGAUAACCAGGCCAGCAUAAAAACCAUUCUAGAAUUGGAUAUGCAGUAUAGUUGAUGGGUAGUGGUAGUCUGAACCAUGACAAGAUUUAUGAAGUAUGUACAGAGUUAGUACCAGCCAUGAUAGACAGGGCUUUGAUGCUGACAUUACACCGAGGAGACUGUCAUUCUAUCUUGAUUUUUGAUUCAGCUAAUAAGUAACUAUACAUUGCUCUUCCUCAAUUGUUUGACAACUGUGGACUUCUUGCAGGCUGUAGAUUGUUUGUAUUGUGUGACAAUUCUGAUUCACUCUGUUUAUAUAGAUCGUUUAUUUACUAACCAGUGUUGUAUCAUAUCCCCAAGGAAAUCUAUAUACCAUCAGCUGUGACGUCAAGGAGAUACACAAAGUGUUGAAAGUACAGAAAUCUGCACACCUGGUCAUUGGCCAAUCUCUGUAUAUAUAGAGGGCAAGUGAUUGAGUUUAUAGCAUUUAAUGCUUUGUAACUGGACAGUAAAGAAGAGCAUGUUGGACUGUUUAUGUCCAUAUAGAGGCAGCCAUACUGGACAGGAGAAUUUAUUGGAGAGAAAUCUUAGUGGCUGGGCAUAUUGUUGUGUCCCAAGAAGAUCUGAUUCCAUCUUUCUGGUUAAUCAAAGCAGAUCCCACUGAUGCCCCCAUUUUGGAUAUUGGAAAACUUUCCGACCUUCAAUUUGAUUUCGCUAAUGGAUCAUCUACAUCAAUAUUUGGCUGUCUGUUGGAAACUAAAUUAAAUCAAUUAGUUUAAAUGGGAACUUUUGUAUGCAUGUAUUAACUCUACUGCAUAGACUGAGAUUUGGCUGCCAUAGUAGGAUAUUUGUGUUUUUGUCGUGUACACAUUGGAGUGGCUGUCGGAGGAAGAGACUUCACAUCCUCCUUUUUUUCCAAUUUGUUGUUUUUUUCAAGCUGUUAACAGAAAGGAAAUGACUUCAGAGAUGUGAUUGUGGCUGCACAAAUCAAUGCUGGGCUUUAUAUCUGUACAUUUACAUGUUCAGUAAGUUAAAAUGUUUAUUACGAACCAAUUAGCACUUGUUCUGAGUCCAGGAAUCUUGUGAGAUCUGUUUAAGUGAAUAUUUGUGGUUCUUCGGAAAAUAUGAGGAAGGCAUUUUAUUGAGUGUUCAGUGGAGCAGAUGGGAUGCGUACAGCAUAUGUUUGAAACAAAACUAAUUAAAAUUGCCGAUGAGGAAAAAAUCUUGAAUUUUUUACACAACUUGCAAGAUAUGUGUCUCUUUUUCUUCUAUGAUGGGAAACAAUUGUAGGUAGGCAGAUUUCUUACCUACGCCAACAAAAACAAAAUGUUUACAUACCAGCAUAGGUUUAUACCUCUUCUGAUGAGGCGUGUAAAAAGUCAGUUGGCUACUUCAAGAUGCAUACAGAAGUAACGCAAAGGAUUCUCUGAAAGUGUGUCAUAAGGUGCCAGAAUUUCAUUACUUGUGUGGAGAGCUGCAGGAAUUUGAAGACACUGUACUUAAAGGUGUAUUGUCCUCUCCUGUAAUCAUCCUUUGUGAAACUGAUCUUUAAUAUAAAAUUUAGCUUUGAUAUUUUGUUCCUGGGAAUGAAAAAGAUGCAGCACUCAGUGACUCUUACUGUGACAAGUCACAUUUGAAACAGAUAAUGAAAUUCAGAGUCAAAGUGUGAAAACUUAUUAGUUUUUAUUUUCUGGAGGUCUGCUUAUUGUACCUGAACACUUGAGACGUCAAUAAUCAUCUGUGAUAACUUAAUGUAAUACAACCAUGGUGUAUUUUAUGUGGCUUUGGAAAUAGGUAGAAAAUGAAGCCUGCAAUUAGUGAUUUACCCCAAAACAGUAAGGAGGGUACACCAUCAAUGGAUGGAAGUCCUUUGUCUGUGUCAAAGGGUGAUAUUCCUGGGGGUCAGACUGACAUAGUGAGGAUGAGGAGCGAGGUUCCCGGGGUGAUCACAAGGAGGCGGGGCUGUGUGCCUCUAAGAGUUCGGAUUUAUUCAUCGUCAGAUGUAGAAUGUGACCUGAACCCUUCGAGAUAUUCUGAUGGCUGCCUCAUAUCACCAAGUCCUCUGUCACCAAGUGUUCGUCGGAGCCUGGAUGAAUUUCCCCUGGGUCGGCCGGGAAGCAUCCGACGCCUACAGCGGACCUUGUCAGAAGAUUCAAGGCGUCGGAGGGAGAGUCUCCCCAGCACCCCUAUCAGUCUCCCUUCCAAUAUGAACAACAUUACCAGUCACUCGGGGCUGGGACACAGUGUUGGAGCACUCAUUGAACCAAAUCUGUUACGAAUGAAGAAUUCCAUUUUAGGACAGUCUGCUCCAUCCCUCACCGCAGGAUUGAAGGAGCCAGGAUUUGGAAGAAGAGCAAGUCGAGUUCGUAAAUCCAUCGUUGGUCCCAAUACUUCCCCAGUACUUCCUCAGAGAUGUCCAUCCCCACAAUUACAUGGAAGUAGUCCCCAUGACAGUCCCAGGAACAUGUCACCCAGCCAGCACAGCAACUUCCUGUUCCAAAAUGUCAGGAAGUGUGAUGGGAGACGCUGGUCCUUUGCCUCCCUACCUUCCUCAGGAUACGGAACAAAUACACCUGGCAGCUCCAAUGUUUCGUCUCAAUACUCAUCCCAAGAACGUCUUCACCAGUACCAGCCAGCUCCUGAGGAAUGUAGCAGCAACGAGGGAGAAGAAGAGGGACGCAAAUCGCCCCUCUCCCCCCUCCUACGACCCAGAUCUCGCAGUCUGAGCUUGUCCUGGCUUGCACUUGACAGUCCCAUGAUUUCCCCAUGUGGUGAUGAAAUUGUGAUGAUGAACAGUGUUUAUAAAGAGAGAUUCCCAAAGGCCACAGCACAGAUGGAGGAGAAACUGAAGAAAUUCAUAGAGCAGAACAAGUUGGAGGAGGUGGACUGUGACGCCAUCACGCGGUUCCUGCACCACCAGGUGAUGGAGCUGGCGCGCGACUGCCUGCAGAAGUCACAGGACAAACAAAUCACCGGCUCCUACUUCUUUGAGCUCUCGGAAAAAUUGGAGAAAUUGCUGAUAGAUGCACAAGAAAGGGAAGAUAUUGCAUACGAGUUUCUGUAUCCCCUCAUCAAGAACCUUUACCUAAUUAUAUCCAGGCCAUCCAGGCUAUUGGAAUGUUUGGAAUUUGACCCAGAGAAGUUCUACCAGUUACUGGAAGUGGCCGAAGGUCAGGCAAAGGAACACUUGAAGACAGACAUUCCUCGCUACAUCAUCGGCAAACUAGGCCUGAACAGGGACCCACUGGAAGAUCUAGCUGAUGGGGACACUGCUAGUUCUGAGCUUGAUACCUCCAUUACUGAUGAAAUUACACAGAAACGACGUGUAUACAAGUUUCAUACUCCUGUGGAAGAUGAUUUUGAAAUCAUAAAGCUGAUUAGCAAUGGGGCAUAUGCUGCUGUUUAUCUUGUACGCCAUAAAGAAUCUCGGCAAAGAUUUGCCAUGAAGAAGAUCUGCAAACAGAACUUGAUUCUACGCAAUCAGACAGAGCAGGUCUUCACGGAGAGGGACAUCCUCAGCUUCACUGAAAAUCCAUUUGUUGUCAGCAUGUACUGCAGCUUUGAAACCAAGCGACAUCUCUGCAUGGUGAUGGAAUAUGUGGAAGGAGGGGACUGUGCCACACUUGUUCAUAAGGGCGGACCUCUGCCCUUUGAUCUUGCCAGGAUGUAUUUUGCUGAGACGGUGCUUGCUCUGGAAUACCUACACAGCUAUGGAGUAGUUCACCGUGAUCUCAAACCUGAUAAUCUUCUCAUAACAGCCACCGGCCACAUUAAACUCACAGACUUUGGGCUUUCAAAAAUUGGACUCAUGAGCUUGACCACCAAUCUUUAUGAGGGAUCUCUGGAGCAGGACUGCACAGAAUUCAGUGACAAACAAGUGAUUGGUACCCCAGAGUACAUUGCUCCAGAAGUUAUCCUCAGAAAAGGAUAUGGAAAACCUGUGGAUUGGUGGUCAAUGGGAAUUAUUUUGUACGAGUUUCUUGUUGGAUGUCCACCUUUUUUUGGAAACUCUCCUGAGGAGUUAUUUUCACAAGUCAUCAAUGAGGACAUUGAGUGGCCUGAGGAAGAGGAGUGGAUGGUGCGGGACGAUGCCCGCGACCUGAUCACCCAGCUCCUCCAGCACAACCCCAUCAACAGGCUGGGGACGGGUGGGGCCCAGGAGGUCAAGGACCACAUCUUCUUUAUGGACCUUGACUGGGCCGGGCUUCUCAGACAGAAGGCAGAGUUCAUCCCAGACCUAGAGGGCGACGAGGACACUAGCUACUUUGACAGCAGGUCAGACAAAUACAAUCAUGACAUAGAGACGGAGGACACAGAGGAUGAUGCUGACGACUCUUUGUUCCAGAGUUUUGCCUCCUCCUCUCCCAGGUUCUACUACAAGAUUGACGAGAUGAAUGAGAUGCGUGACAGAGAAGAUAGCAGAAGAAGACAUUCCAGUGCUGAUGAGAUGAGGACCCAGUUACUGCAGAAGCAGGCUUUGGAGAGGAAGGACUCAAACCAGUCGGAGAGUUCUGAUACCUCGCUUGAACUACAGCAGCUGAUGAAGAAGGAUAUUAGUGGUGUAGACUCCACAGACACAUGUAAGGCAGGAGAUAGCAGCAGCUCAAAGUUUGAUGAGGAAGUGUUUGCAGCAGCACCUGAGCAAACACCACCCAGGAAAAGCACACUGGCAAUAAUGUUUAGUACGCCACCAAAGAGUCAGAUUCCCAAAACAAGCACCCCAGAGACCCCCAAACCUACUCACCGUCACCCUACCACCAGCACCCCAGAGAGCUCAGACAACAACACCAGCGACGACUCUCCCAAGAUCUCCAAGAGAGAACUUCGACCACCUCCCAUCAAGAGUAUCAUCCCAAAGUUGGCCAUUUCCUCUGAUGAAGAUAAGGACAAGGGUUCAGGGGUCAAAGAAUUAUCUCCUGUUGAUGAAAAGAAAGAGAGAGAUAUUGAGUCCAGCUCCUUAAGUAGGAAGCUUCUGCAGAAAUCGGCCUCAACCACAGCCCUCACUCUGCUUAUUCAGCCCACAGAUGAGUUUGUGGCUAAACCUAUGUUAUCUCCAGGAGGCUCCAGCACUAGUUCUCGGGACGCUUCCCCUUCCAGAGAUGUGUCCCCCCUGGCCAAGUCUCUCAACCCGCCCAUCAUUAUCAGAAAGGGCGCCCGUGGAUUCGGCUUCACUCUGAAGACUAUCCGUGUGUACCAGGGAGAGAGUGACAACUACAAUCUACAGCAUGUGGUGGUGGCAGUAGAACAGAAUAGUCCAGCGUACGAGAGUGGAUUACGCCCGGGCAUGUUGAUCACCCAUAUCAAUGACGAGCCAGUGCAGAGUCUGCUAUACACCAGAGUCAUACAGAACAUACUGAAAGGAGGAGAUGUUGUGAGCAUACGUUGUGUGCCAAUGGAAAGUACCACCAUCAAAAGAGGUGGAAAGCGUAGAGCACAUCCAGGAAAAAUGGUCCGAAAAACCAACAAGAAGAAGGGGGAUGAAAAAAUAAGGGAAAAAACUAAAGGGAGAUCCAUUCUCCGAAGGUUGAGUUCUAAAUCUAAGAAAACAGAUUGGUCCACUUCUCCCUUGAUGGUGACAGGCCGAUCUCUUGGCAGUGGAGCAUUCAGCAAGUCCUGGACUUGUGGAGACAGUAGCAGUGGGCAGCUAAAGGCAACAAAGUCUUUCCCUGGUGCAAUUCCUUGGUCUCCAGAUUCCUCACUCGGCAAUUCCUCAAAUAGUUCUGCCAAUUCCAGCUCCCCCAACUCCCCUGCGAGUAAUUCCACAUUCGGCAGGCCAAGUUCGUUACACGGGUUACACCAUAAUAAGCGCACUCACAGCAUAAAGUCACCACAUCGUCGGAGGUCUGUUCACAAUAUUCCAUUGUCUCCCUUGGCUCGAACCCCCUCCCCCUCACCCAUGCCAACUUCUCCAAAUCGCAGUCCCAGUCCUCUCGCAUUUACGCAAGGUCAAACUUCUUCUGGUCAUCAAAUUGGAAGCUCCAACAUGCCUCAGCAAACUUAUCCAGCACAAAUGAACUCUUCGCAAUCCCCUAACACAAGCAUUACAAGAAAGACUUCCUUUUCUCGACCCAAAAGUUGUGAGCCGGGGUCACCCCUUCUGAGAAGAGCCCUCUCUCCUGACCGUCUUCACCCUCACUCGGCCGAGAAAGCCGUCGUUCAGAGGAAGGGGUCUCUACAGGAGAAGAAGAGUCAUUUAUACGAGUCAGUGUGAUGGAUAGAGCUCCUCCAGUGGGACAUUGUAAAUCAUUCAAUGGCAACUGCUAUUUAAACUUGCAGAACAUAGUGAAGCAAAAACUACAAAUCUGCUCCCCCAACCCUUUAAUGUGAUAUAAAAUACCUAUAUACAUGUAUAUUGUUUUUUGUGUGAGUGCUUGUUAAUUACUAGAUCUUCCCCCCAUUUAUUGUUUUUUCAUGCGUGACUAGCUUUUUUCUGUGAUGAUCAUUGUAACAAACCUUCCCAUGCUCAAAGCUUGUGCUAAACUAGAAAAUUUAUGUGAUAUGAUAAUACUGAAACCAUUUGUUGAUGUUUGUUUACAUAUUCAUGUGCAUGUACAUUGAAAAACUUUACGUUGUUUAUAUGGAUAGCAUUUUGAGUAGUGCUAAGGCUGGAAGACUCAAUCCAGUUGAAGAAUUUACUCAAAUUACAAGAUUAUAAAUGCUAGAUAGGGGAAGAAAAUCCUGUUCAUUUUGAGUCAAAUUCUGAACUGUGAUGUUUUGUUGAUUACUAGGUGCUUUCAGAAACCAUUCACACAUAAUUUGUUGACUUGUUAAUCUUCAGAGGUAAUAGAAAAUGUCUUUUUCAUUUAGGUCUCUCAAGUUUCCAAGAUUAAACACUUUUUACUAUAAAAAGAUAUAUAAAAUUGAAUGAAAUAAUAAGCCUUGGAUUAAUCUUAUCUUCAAUUGGUAAUAAAAGUUAAGCAUAUUCAAUUUAAGAAUUUAUAUUUCAUCUCUUCUACACUUUUUAUUACACUGAAGAUUAACAAUACUUUGUUUCAUAAAUGUUGACGUAAAUGGCAAAACAACCAAUGACAUUCACCCCAUCAUCAUGUUUAUGUCUCAUUUUCAUUGUAUGGAUUUCUAUGUAAUAGAAUAUUUCACUUGUACUCUGUAAAUAAAUGGACAUCGCACAAAUAGUAACACCAGUGGGAAAAAAUUAUUCUAACAGACUCGCCUCAAAAUUUGACAUUAUGAUGCUUUAUGCUGGAGAUUGCUUAAAUUCCUUCUUUUCUUUUUUUAUAAAUUAAAAUGUCUAAAUGUUUGAUUCUAACUCUGUGUGAAUUUUUUUAAAUGUAUUUUUAACAUCUUGACUGUACAGUAAAUCUGAACGUGCUCAUUUUUUUCUUGGAAUUACUUAAUCUUGUCUGUUUGGCUGGAGAAGGUUGUCAAAAUUAGGUAUGAUAUAUCUACCGAGUCCAUAGACACUGUGUGUAGUAGUCGUGCUUCUUCAAUGUUUUAAAGUACUUAGUGUGUCGUCCACAUUGAUCUCAUAUAAGUGUAAACCCACUGCCUGUACAGAUGUACCUUACUGACGUUUGAUUGAGAAUAUAUAUAUAUUGUCAUGUUUGAAUAAAUGCUAUAGUUAUAUUG